GCACAUCAGGCAACAAUUACAUUGUCUAUCCCUUAGCAUUGUGGCUAAACAUAGCACAAAUCCUCUUAAGUUGGGUACGGCAUAAGUUCCUUCCGUGAGCAGUAUCCACGAAUUAGCAUACAAAGACACUUACUUAAGAGAAAACCCCUAUUGAGGUUUUUAAUUCUGACUAAGCAAUUACAUGAGUGGCACAGGGAAGACUCUGACUUGAGAUGCUGAAGCCCCAUUCUUUUUGACUCAUCUGCAUAUCACAGCUUGCCACUGUGCUGCCUAUAUUCCAUGUCCUUCGUUGUUACCUGCAGCAUCACAUAGUUGACCCUUCACCUCGCCACAGCCAUGUGUGACAUGGGGGGACUGGGCAACCUAGUGGCAAACACAGCCUACCUGAAAGCACAGAGUCAAGACGACAAGGAGAUGAGGAAACGAAGGCGUACCCUAAUUCUUCCCCAACUUGAAAACUGUACAAGGGUGUGUGCAGAUAUUCCCAAGGACUUUGAGGACAUCUGCGAGAGGCAGCCCAUUGGGAAAACAUGCUUCCAACAGUUCCUCUUAGCCUCCAAUCCAGAAUACCUUGCCGCUGCAGAGUUCCUGGAGGAGCUGAAUGACUGGAAUUUAGCAGAGGCAGGUGCUAAAGAAAAAGCCAGGCAGAAUAUCAUUAACAAAUUCUGCAAAACUGACUCCAAAAGUUUCCUGUCUUAUCUGACAGAGGACAUGGUGGAGAAGUGUAAAGCCGUCUCUGAGAAGGACUUUGAGGAAGUGAUGAUGGGACAGGUGAAAGAAGCCACGCAAGAGUUUCUGAGAGGAAACCCUUUCAAUGAGUAUCAGACUAGCCCGUUCUUUGAGAGAUUUGUGCAGUGGAAGGAAUUCGAGAAGCAGCCCAUCUCUGAUAAAUACUUCUAUGAGUUCAGGACUUUGGGGAAGGGAGGCUUUGGAGAGGUGUGUGCUGUUCAGGUCAAAAACACGGGUCAGAUGUAUGCCUGCAAGAAGCUGGACAAGAAACGCCUGAAGAAAAAAGGUGGGGAAAAGAUGGCUCUUCUGGAGAAACAAAUCUUGGAGAAGGUGAACAGCCUGUUUCUGGUGAACCUGGCCUAUGCAUUUACCACAAAGACACACCUGUGUCUGGUCAUGACUCUGAUGAAUGGAGGAGAUCUGAAGUACCACAUUUACCACAUUGGGGAUAAUGGCAUUGAGAUGGAGCGAAUCAUUCACUACACAGCUCAGAUCACCACUGGUAUCCUACACCUACAUGCUAUGGAUAUUGUGUACCGUGACAUGAAGCCAGAAAACGUCCUACUGGACAGUCAGGGCCAGUGCAGGUUGUCAGACCUGGGCCUAGCUGUGGAACUACCAAACGGGAAAACUAUCUCUCAAAAGGCUGGCACCAAGGGGUAUAUGGCGCCAGAGAUCCUGAAGCGUGAACCAUAUAGUACGUCAGUGGACUGGUGGGCCUUGGGCUGCAGCAUCUAUGAGAUGGUGGCCGGCCGUCUGCCCUUUAGAGAUCACAAAGAGAAGGUUACUAAAGAAGAGAUAGUAAGGAGAACUCUUGAAGACGAGUGCAAAUUUGAACAUGAAAAUUUUGACGCCCCCUCCAAGGACAUCAUCAGUCUUUUUCUGAAAAAGAACAUUGAAGAUCGCCUCGGCUGCAAGGAUGACCCUCGGAAACACGAGAUCUUCAAAUCCAUCAACAUCCCUCGGCUGGAGGCGGGGCUUAUUGCACCUCCAUGGGUGCCCAAACCCAAUGUUGUGUACGCUAAAGACACAGGUGAUAUCCGGGACUUCUCUGAGGUUAAGGGGGUUGAAUUUGAUGCCAAUGAUGAGAAGUUUUUUAAGGAAUUCAGUACAGGGGCAGUGCCAAUUCCAUGGCAACAGGAGAUGAUUGACAGUGGACUCUUUGAUGAGCUUAAUGACCCAAAUAGGAAGAAAUUGUCAGCGGGACUGGAUGAUGAUGAGCAAAAAUCCAAAUCUUGCACUCUUCUGUGACAAAAUAAGAAUAUAUUGCACAACAAAACAAAUGGUUUUAUUAACUAACUUAA